AAAAAAAUUCCACUAUAAAACCUGCACCAUCUCUCAAUCAAAUGGCAUCGAAACCCCAAAUCUUUUGGGUUUACGCAUCUCAUUUUCCAUUUUCUCCUAAAUAUUUUAAUCACUAAGAUAAUGCACACACGAUUCUCUCUGACACAAAUUUACCCAAUUCCUUUCCUUUUUCUUCGCAGAUCGAUAACUCAACCAAACUUCCAAUUAAAUACUCUCAUACCCUCUCUCAUUUACUCCAGAUUUUUAAUUCUUUACAAGAACCCAUUGAUCUUGCUCAGAGCUUUAUCGUAAUGGGUCUUUUAAGGUUUUAUUUAAGUCGUGGGGUUAGUUUCUUGUCUUAACGAACAUGGGGGGUUUUAUGCUUUGUCUCCCAAACAAAGGCAAUCCGAUUUCAUAUUUUUAAUUCUGUAUGUGUGUCUGUGUGUGUCUGAUCUCACAGUAUGGGUCACUGCCAUUAAAGCGGAAGUGAACCUUUCAAGUCUGCUACUUGAUCUUGUUUGUGGGUUUGUUUAUUUAUGCUGUGGGUCUACUCUAGGUUUUUUUAAAAAAUGUGUUCUUGAACAUUUUGCCUGUAAGGUGUUCGAUAAAAAUCCUCAAAGAACAUGGGAUCUCAAAAUGCAUUUUUCUCCUCAAGCGAGUUUAGUUUGGAAGCGAAGUGGGUAAUCGAUCCGAAGCUUCUUUUCGUCGGUCCGAAGAUCGGCGAGGGUGCUCAUGGCAAAGUAUACGAGGGCAAAUACAAAAACAAAAUCGUCGCCAUUAAAAUUGUGAAUAAAGGCGAUACGCCAGAGGAGAUAGCGAAGAUAGAAGGUCGUUUUAUGCGAGAAGUCGCAAUGUUAUCAAAAGUGCAACACAAGAAUUUAGUAAAGUUCAUCGGAGCUUGCAAGGAACCAGUCAUGGUGAUAGUCACCGAGCUUCUUACCGGUGGAACUUUGAGAAAAUACUUAGUGAAUAUGCGACCCAAUGGGUUGGAGACACGUGUCGCUAUCGGGUUUGCUCUUGAUAUUGCUCGUGCAAUGGAAUGUUUACACUCUCAUGGGAUCAUUCAUCGCGACUUAAAACCUGAAAAUUUGCUGCUUACGUCAGACCACAAAUCUGUAAAACUCGCUGAUUUUGGUUUAGCAAGAGAAGAAUCAUUAACAGAGAUGAUGACAGCAGAAACUGGAACAUAUAGAUGGAUGGCUCCAGAGCUUUAUAGCACUGUGACAUUAAGGCAUGGAGAAAAGAAGCAUUAUAACCAUAAAGUAGAUGCGUAUAGUUUUGCCAUUGUUUUAUGGGAGCUUAUACACAACAAAUUACCAUUUGAAGGCAUGUCAAAUCUACAAGCAGCAUAUGCAGCUGCUUUCAAGAAUGUAAGACCAAGUGCGGAUGACCUCCCAGAGGAUUUGGCUCUAAUUGUGACAUCAUGUUGGAAAGAAGAUCCAAACGCUCGCCCAAAUUUCACUCAAAUAAUACAAAUGCUUCUUCAUUAUUUAUCAAACAAUACAACAAUGGGACCCACAUCCAUCCCACCUCGAAAUUUCACCUCCCAAAAUACCAUCUUUUCACCCGAGUCUCCCGGCACAAGCACAUUAAUGGGGGAAAAGGAUGAAUCGGUUGAAACACCAAAAACUCCUGUUGGAAAUAGCCCUCGAGAUGAUGAAGUGGAAUAA